AUGUCUACAUCUAAACAUUCUGCUCGCUCGAAUCUUCGCCGACAGCGUAGUCACAGUCCCAGUGAUCAACUGCGCCGACAAAAACGACAACGAUCUGGCCAGCAAGCUAGAUCUAGUCCUUCACUAUCCACAAGUAGUUCCAGUACAAGCAUUAGUCGGUUCUAUGGACUUGGGGACGACAAUGCCCUUGAUAACCUGUUCGCAUCCUUUCCGCAGAUGUUUUCGAACAUACCACGUCCUCAUGGCUCGCAAGGUUUCCAUGAGCCUGCAUGGGAGCUUCGUUCUGAUUAUGAGAUCUAUCUCCAAAAUGACUUCUUCCCUGAACAAAGACGAAGUCAACGAGUGAUUGCGCUUAUCCCAGGGUCAGAGCUUGAUCCAUUCGCCCCCGAACCUCCUGAAUCACCUCCAUCCGCCCAGCAACCCCCAAGAAGAACAAGAGCCGAGUUCGAAUCCGCAAUGAGUAUAGUACGGGAGGUCAUAGGCGAAGGCCGAAGGUUAACCAUAGAUCUCGCUCGAUCAUACGAACGGGUACGAGCUUGGAGAGAAAGAUGGGGAUGGUCCCCAUUAAGCUCAGAAGCAUACGACUCUCCUCCACCAUAUUCUCCAGCCCGUACGUCCCCACCACGAUCAUCCCAAUCUUUACCGUUCCCCGAGAAUAUCACCGUUCCGGAGCCAAUCCCGAACCCAAUAAUCCCAGGCAACCCAGCUCCCUCGGCCGAAGCUCUUUUUGAUACGGUGAAUACAUUUGCGAAGGAGAAUGGAUUUGGGAUUGUUCGACGGAAUCAAUACUCUUAUAAAGGACGGGUAGUCAGAUAUUCUUUUCAAUGUGACCGGUUCGGCCAACCUCGGGCCCCAAGAGGCACUGGUCUUCGAAAUCGAAAAUCUCGGAAGUGCGGAUGUGAAUGGAAAAUAACUGCUGAGUCUUCAAAGGAAGGGUUCUGGCUUCUUCGACGACAUAAGGAUCCAAAACAUCACCAGCAUAAUCAUGAACCGAGCAUUACCCCAUCUGCGCAUCCUUCUCAUCGACGCCUUACUGGACCAGUUAAAGCAACUAUCGAGUCAGUCAGCCGUCGGGCAGGUAUUCGGGCUAGCGAUGUAGCUGCUAUCGUUGAAGAGCAAUUCCCUGAUGCUACACUCCUGCGCAAGGAUAUCUAUAACACCCGUUCACUUAUUAACCGAGAGAAGCUUAAUGGCUAUACAUCCACCGCUGCAUUGAUCAAACUUUUUGAUGAUAAGAAGAUCCCAUAUAUCGCCAAGUGGGCUAUGGAUGAGCCAGACAGACUACUUGGCCUUGUAUGGACCUUUCUUUAUUGUUUACAGAUGUGGAAGCGCUUCCCCGAGGUUGUUAGCUUUGACAACACAUAUAACACCAAUCGCUUCAAACUUCCUUUGUUUCAAGCUACAGGCCAAACCUGUCUUGGGACAGUAUUUAAUGCCGCAUUUGGUUUAAUAGAUAACGAGAGAAGAGAAGGAUUCCAAUUCCUCGCGGAGAGCAUUCACGAACUUAUUACCAAACACUCCAUUCGGCAGCCUGAUGUUAUUAUCACAGACUUCGAUAAGGCAAUGAAAUCUGCUCUUAAUGAUCAGUUCCCAAAUACAAAGUAA